AUGGCCGCCAGCCCUGCGCCCCAGGGCGUGCGCCCCCGCGCCCAGAAGCCGUAUUUGAGCAAGAUGGAGCGGGUGAUCUUGAGGAUGCAGGACCCGGACCAGGGCGUGAGGAUGCGGAGCCAGCGCCUGCUCGUCACAGUCCUUCCGCACGCCGUGAGCGGCAGCGAUAUCGUGGAGUGGCUGAUCCACAACUACUCCGUCUCCGAGGAGGAGUCUCUGCACCUGGGCACCCUCCUGGUACGGCAUGGCUACAUAUACCCUCUGCGGGACCCCUGCUGCCUGGUGCUCCUGCCCGACGAGACCCCCUACAGGUUCCAGACGCCGUAUUUCUGGGCAAGCACUCUGUGGCCAGCAGCUGAGCUGGACUAUGCCAUUUAUCUGGCCAAGAAGAACAUCCGAAAGCAGGGAGCUUUGGUCGACCACGAGAAGGACCACUACAACCAGCUGCACGAGAAGAUCAACCACACGUGGGACCUGGUAGUGAUGCAGGCUAGGGAGCAACUGCGGGCGGCCAAGAGGCGCAGGAAGGGGGACCGGCUGGUCCUUGCCUGCCAGGAGCAGAUGUACUGGCUGGUGAACAGGCCUCCGCCCGGAGUCCCCAGUGUGCUGGAACAGGGUCCAGAGCGGGACGCAGGCACCGCCAGCCGAGUGCAGCCCACUGGCCUCUUGCAGACCAAGAAUACGGAUUUCUACAAGCAGGAGGUCGAACGCUGCAGAAAGGCCCUGGGCAGGACUCGGGUGAAGUCCUCCAUCUGCCUAGAGGCGUACCUGAAGUUCAGUAGCCAGUACAGGCCACAUGACCCCAUCAUGUCAGGAUGCCUGCCCAGCAACCCCUGGAUCACGGAUGACACUACCUACUGGGCCAUGAACGCACCCAUGGUGGCUGUGCCCAUGAAGCUGCGCGUGGAGCGAUGGGCCUUUGGCUUCCUGGAGCUCUUGGAGGACCCUGUGGGGCGGGCCCAGUUCAUGGACUUCCUUAAGAAGGAGUUCAGUGCCGAGAAUCUCAGCUUCUGGGAGGCAUGCGAGGAGCUGCGUUAUGGCAGCCAGGCCGGCAUCCCCGCCCUGGUGGACGAUGUGUACCAGCAGUUCCUGGCACCCGGGGCAGCCCGCUGGGUCAACAUAGACAGCCGGACAAUGGAGCGGACUCUAGAGGGGCUGGGCCAGCCGCACCGUUACGUGCUGGACGACGCCCAGAUGCACAUCUACAUGCUCAUGAAGAAGGACUCUUACCCACGGUUCCUGAAGUCUGACAUGUACAGGGACCUGCUGGAGGGGGCUGUCCUCCCUCCAGAGACCAAGAGACGGGUGUUCCCGUUCAUGCGGAGGCCACGACACUCCAGUCCCAGUCCUGCUCUCCUUGCCUCCGGAGAGCCCGGGGCGGCUGCCCCUAGUGAUGGGGACAAGGCGGCCUAG